AUGUCACCUCUUGCACCUACCAGCGCCAGUACCAUGUCUCCCACAGGCCCCAUCACCACCCCUCUAACCACCCUCCUCAACAUCCGCCACCCCAUCCUCCUAGCCGGCAUGGCACGCACCUCGACCGGUCGCCUUGCCGCCGCGGUAUCCAACGCAGGCGGCCUCGGCGUGAUCGGUGGCUUCAUGUACACCCCGUCCCAACUGCGUGAAGUCAUCGCCGAGCUCAAGGCGCACCUGCUCUCGCCGGACAUGCCAUUCGGCAUCGACCUGGCCCUGCCGCAGGUCGGCGGCAGCGCCCGCAAGACCAACCACGACUACACGGCCGGCAAGCUCGACGAGUUGAUCGACAUCACCAUCGAGUCCGGUGCGCGGUUGUUUGUCAGCGCUGUGGGCGUGCCGCCCAAGAGGGUCAUUGAGCGGUUGCAUGAUGCCGGACUGCUCGUGAUGAACAUGGUGGGGCAUCCGAGACAUGCUGUCAAGGCGCUUGAUCUCGGGGUGGAUAUGGUGUGUGCACAAGGGGGUGAGGGCGGAGGCCACACGGGAAAUGUGGCCAACAGUGUGUUGAUUCCGGCAGUGGUGGAUGUUGCGAGGAGGUACAGGCCCAAGAUGUUGGGCGGGGAGCGAACGGCAAUCGUGGUGGCUGCGGGGGGCAUCUCGAAUGGGCGGGGCCUGGCGAGCUCGCUGAUGCAGGGAGCUGCUGGGGUGUGGGUGGGCACGAGGUUCGUGGCCAGUGUCGAGGCGGGGUGUAGCGAGGAGCAUAAGGAAGCCGUGGUGAGCUGCCGGUUUGAUGACACCGAAAGGACGCUGGUAAUCAGCGGACGACCGCUGAGGAUGAAAACGAAUGAGUAUAUCCGCAAGUGGCAUGCGCAGCCCGACAAGAUUCAGGAGCUGUGUAGUAAGGGGGUGGUUCCGCUUGAGCAUGACUUGGAUCAGGGGAACGAGGUUGAUUUGCCGUAUCUCAUGGGUCAGGUGGCAGGGGCCAUCACAAAGGUGCAGCCGGCAAGGGAGAUUGUGGACGAGAUGGUGGACGAGGCUGUCGAGAUGCUGAAGCUGGCGAACGUAUAUUUGGGUGGCAGCAAGGCAAGCAAGCUGUAA